GGACCGUGGCGGGUGCUCGGCAACUCCACAGAGGAACCUGGCUCCAGUUCCAUCCCUCAUGCUCACCGUGGGGCACAUGUCGCACCAGGACAUCCACCUCCACCUGCAGCUGCUCCAUCGCGCAGCCUCUCCAGCAGCUCUCCCGGCCGCGCUCCCAUCACCCUGUGCGCAGGAGUUUGGUUGUGUUGCUAUGACGACGCUGCCAAGGCGGCCGGCAGCACCCAGCCGAGCGCAGAAGAACCAUCUCCUGUGGUGGGCUGUGACUCCAUCAUACUGAGGAACAGAUCUUGCCCUGAGCAUCCCCAGACCAGCUGGGAACAAUAUGCCCAUUGUAAAAUACCCCAGGGCUACAGAGCCUCUUUGGCAUGAAUGGGACAGGAAAGCACAGAAAUGUGGAUUAAGACACAGGGUCUAUGCUGUAAAUGGGGAUCAGUAUACUGGAGAAUGGCUGGACAAUUUGAAACAUGGUAAAGGCACCCAGUUGUGGAAGUGCUCCGGAGCUAUUUAUAGUGGUGACUGGAAGUUUGGAAAGCGAGAUGGUUAUGGCUCGUACAGCGUUCUUGACCCUGUCACCAAGGAAUACAAGAAGGUGUACACAGGCUGGUGGAAAAACGACCGAAAAUGUGGCUACGGGACGACUCUCUACGCCCGUGGGGAGCGUUACGAGGGAGAGUGGAGCGAGGGACUGCGCAGCGGCUGGGGACGGAUGUACUACCGGGAUGGCUCCAUCUACGAGGGACAGUGGCUGCAGGACCAGCCCGACGGGCAGGGGAUGCUGCGGUUGCCAAAUGAAAAUCGGUAUGAAGGAGUCUGGAAAGAUGGAAAGAAGCAUGGCCGUGGGAAAUUCUUCUACUUGGAUAAGGGACAGCUACUUGAAGGUAUCUGGGCAGCAGGUAUACCAAAGUGUGGAAUUCUGAUUGACUUUGGCAGAGAUGAGGCUCCUGCUCCUACUCAGUUUCCAAUCCCAAAGGUGGAACUAGCUGAUCCAGAUGGUGUUUUAGCAGAGGCCCAGGCGAUGUUUGAUGACAGACCUAAUUAAUAACUGGAUAUUGAAGAAAAAAAAUAUGCAAGAUAAGAACACAAUCUUGGGUUACUUACUGAGUCUCAGAUCCACACUGUGGCUGCUCAUCCAUGCUUCACUCUGCAGGUGGCUUUGCUCAGGGGCCUCCUCCAACCCCCCAUUAUUUUGAAAAAGGAAAAAAAAUAAGGGAAAGCCACAAGCAGUAACAUGCUGAUAGGCAGUGACUUUGCCCAGCAAAUCUGUCCCACUCCUCCUAUGAAGAAAUCACACUCCUGUUGAGUCCAAAGUCUCUCUCAAGAGCAGCAGGGUUGUAUCGUGCAAUAGCAAAGCUCUAGAGAAGUCAGAUUGUCCCCUCCCCCUCCUCUAACUUAGCCCAAUGCAUACCAAGACAGCUUCUGAAGUUAUAACAGAUCAUGUUUCAAUUAAUAUUUUAUUUCCCUGGUCUGUGCAUUUCCUGUAACAUGAUGCUGGUUCUCCCUAACCCUCAGGAACACAGAGCUCCAGAUCUCACCCCAGCUGUAUUCCUUGGCCAGCCCAUGUGCCCCAGCCCAGUACCGGUGAAAAACAGACUGUUGGCCAGUGGGUCAUUAGUUCAUUUGGUCCCUUGACUCCUGAUGUUUUCUAGCUGGCAGAUAACCUACUUCUCUAUUUAAACACUGCGAGAGAUAACAAUACAACAUGCUCAGUCCCAUGACUUAAGCAGUGCUGACAGGAGAAAAGCACAUCAGCCUCCACAUUCUUUAUACCUGUGUGAACAGGAACCUUUAUCUUCAUGACUGAAAUGAGCAACUGAAGACAUUUUGGAGAUACUUAGGAACACACAGAUUGGAUUAGCACAACACAGCUGAAGAGAUGAGAGACAGGAACAAUAAGCAUACUGUAAACCUCUAGGUAACAAAAAAUCAGCAACAAUUGAGUAUAUUUUAUUAAAGUAGUUUGUAUCUAAAUAA